AUGGACAACACCACCACCAAUCACCAGCCUCAACCCACCGCAUACCCACCGCAACCCACCACCACAACCACCAACACCCCUCCGCCACCACCAGGAGGAGCACCAUCCUCAACCCCAUUCCACCACCUCCUCCAACAACAACAACAACAACUUCAAAUGUUUUGGUCUUACCAACGUCAAGAAAUUGAACAAGUUAAUGAUUUCAAGAACCAUCAACUCCCUUUAGCGAGAAUCAAGAAAAUCAUGAAAGCCGAUGAAGAUGUGCGCAUGAUCUCUGCUGAAGCACCUAUUCUCUUUGCUAAAGCAUGCGAGCUUUUCAUUUUAGAACUGACAAUUCGUUCUUGGCUUCAUGCUGAGGAAAACAAGAGAAGGACUUUACAGAAGAAUGACAUUGCUGCAGCUAUUACAAGAACUGACAUUUUUGAUUUCUUGGUUGAUAUUGUACCUAGAGAUGAGAUCAAAGAGGAAGCUGCUGGUCUUGGUGGAAUUGUUGGUGCUACGGCUAGUGGAGUGCCUUAUUAUUACCCUCCGAUGGGACAGCCCGCCGCUGCUACUGGAGGGAUGAUGAUUGGAAGGCCAGCUAUGGAUCCUGGCACUGGUGUUUAUGUUCAACCACCUUCUCAGGCUUGGCAGUCUGUUUGGCAGACAGCUGCUGCCGAGGAUGGUUCUUAUGGGAGUGUUGGUCCGAGUGGUGGACAAGGGAAUCUUGAUGGACAAGGGUAUGUUUUUCAUUUUUUGAUGUUUUCUGUUUUCUCAUUUUUCUUGUUUUGUUGUUUGGGUUCUCAUUUUUAG